UGAGGACAAAGACCAGAGCUCCAGGGGACCAAGACAGAGACACAGAUUGAGGAGAUCCCUGUCCCCCAGGCCCUGCCCUUACCCCAGGCUCCGGGUCAUUUCAUCACCCUGACCAUGUCCUGUCAGGCGGAGAGCGCAGGAGCACAGAUGGACUCUGCAGAUGGGGAAGGGGUCGGAGCCCAGGGCUGCGCAGACCCAGCCCACGGGGCCAUAGAGCCCGGCCGGAGUCUCACCUCGCUCAGCUUGGCCAAUGCAGAUCCAAAAGUGAAGUUCCCAAAACCACAGACAUUUACCUUUCAUGACUGUGACCAAAAAGUAUUGGUGCUGAACAAAAGGACACUCAUAGCAGUUCACAAAAAACCCAACAUACACCCAGAGACCUUCUAUGUCUUAGCCGCUCAUACGGGCUCAGCGGAUGACAAGGAAAACCUCGUUUUCCUGGCAGUCUCAAAAGGAGAGCUCUGUCUUUGCUGUGAGAUGGACAAGAAGAAAGGCCGGCCGGUCCUCCAGCUGAAGGAGCAGAAGCUCAGCUGGCUGUCUAACUCAGUCACAAAAGAUGUGAAGGGCUUCACCUUUUACAGGAGGCAUAUAGGCUGCCGGAACUCACUGGAGUCUGCGGACCACAAGGGCUGGUUCAUCAGCACCCGCCAUGAGAAUGAAGCUGUCAGAAUGACAGACAAGCUUGGGGGAGAGGAGUUCAUCGAGUUUAAAUUUAUGAAAGUCAGCAACACUCCAACAAGCCCCAAUGAGGUCAGCGAGUAGGACACAAUCUCGAUAACUUUCUAGUUUUGCAUUCAGCUGCUCAAAAAAUAAAGAAAUAAUAUCGGAAAAUUAAAUGCUUCACUUUAAGGAGAGAGUAGGCCUUUACUGCUUCACAUAGUCAGAUCUUCAUUUUUGUCAUCUGCAUUUAAAAGAACAUUUCUCAGUAAGUUGCAUUGAAAAUCCACAAAAAUUAAGCAUGUGGUGAAAAAAAUGUACCAAUAUGCAUUUCCUGCAUUCUCUGCUAAAUACUUUCAUGUAGUCAAUAAAGAUCUGAGUAUGUUACAAAAA